AUGAGGCUCUCAUUCUCCAUCUACGCUGCUGCGUUAGGCGCCCAGCUCGCCUCCUCGGCGCCCGCCAUCAUCGGCGGCCAGAUCGCCGGAGACGGCGCCGCGCCCUAUAUCGUCAGCAUCCGCAAGAACGGCUCACACAACUGCGGCGGCACCCUCAUCCGCAGGGACGUUGUCCUAACCGCCGGCCACUGCCUCAUGGACGUCGUGCCGCGGACACUCACUGUCGUCGCCGGCUCGCACUCCGUCAAGACGGGCGGCGUCGAACGCAACGUCUCCCAGGGCAUCACCAACCCCGACUUCGACUCCAUCAAGCGCAUCAACGACAUUGCCCUGCUCAAGCUCGCCGCGCCGUUCGACCUCACCCCCGCCAUCCAGACCGUCGCGCCCUUCCCGCGGCAGGAAGUCGACGCCGGCACCAACGUCACCGCCUACGGCUGGGGCUACAGCACCUGGCCGGGACGGACGAGGCCGGACGAGCUGCACUUUGUGCAGCUGAGCACCAUCACCACCGCCGCGUGCAAUGAUGCCUACCGCGCGUACGACGGCAAGAACAUCACGGACAACCAGGUCUGCACGGGAACGGGCGGCCGGGGGACCUGCCAGGGCGACUCGGGCGGGCCUCUCGUCUGGGUCGACGGCAACAACAAGACGUACCAGGUCGGCCUCACAUCCUUUGGCGUUCCAUGCGGAAACGAGUAUCCCGACGUGUUCACCAAGAUUAACCCAUAUCAAAAAUGGAUCGAGGCCAACUCUGUCUAG